CGGGGGAUGGCGUGAGGCACGGCGGGAGCCGGGCGGGGAGCGGGGCCGCGGGGGGCCGCGCCCCGGCGCUUUGUGUGCCGGCCUCGGACAAAGGAGGAGCCGCGCCGGCACCCGCGGGAGCGGCGCGGACGCAGACCGGCGCGUACCGACGCCGGGAGAGAGGGAGAGCGGGACCGGGAUCCGGCGGAGCCGCUCGGGACCGGGAUUCCCGGGAACCAGCCCCGCCGGGGACUCUGCUUGCAGCCCUCGGGACCUCCCUGUCCCGGGCGGGCGGUUGCGGGGAAGGGGCUUGGGACAGGGGCUGCGCCGGGGGGGCUGCGGCGGGAGCCGUCUCGCCGCCUGAUCCGCCACCCUCCCGAUCCUCCUGUCGCCGCCGUACCGGGCCCUCGCUGGGCAGGAUGCGCGGGGGCUGCGCGGCGGCCGUGGCUGUGCCCUGGCUGGCCCUGCUGGCCCUGGCCCGGCAGACCCCUGAGAAGCCAACAGCCACCCCCAUCCUCACCCGCCGGCCCUUCCUGGUGGCCUGGAACGUGCCCACCCAGGACUGCAAGCCCCGCUUCCAGGUGUCCCUCGACUUCAGCAUCUUCGACCUUCAUGCCUCCCCCAACGAAGGCUUCGUGGGGCAGAACCUGACCAUCUUCUACAAGGAGCGCCUGGGGCUCUACCCCUACUACACCAGCCAGCACGUGGCUGUCAAUGGUGGAGUCCCUCAAAGCAGCAGCCUGUCCGAGCACCUGGCCCGUCUCCAGGAGGGCAUCAGCAAGUACAUCCGCUCGCCCACCACGGAGGGACUGGCUGUCAUCGACUGGGAGGAGUGGCGGCCCAUCUGGGCUCGCAACUGGAAGCCCAAAGACAUCUACCGGGAGGUGUCCCAGCAGCUGGUGCACGAGCGGCAGUCCAACUGGUCCCGGGAAGAGGUGAACAAGCAGGCGGUGUUUGAGUUUGAGUCUGCCGCCCGACAGUUCAUGGUGAGAACCCUGCGCGUGGCCAAGAGCUUUCGACCCAAGCAGCUCUGGGGCUUCUACCUCUUCCCUGACUGCUACAACCAUGACUACAGCAAGAACAAGGAGAGCUACACCGGGCAGUGCCCGGACGUGGAGAAGACACGUAACGACCAGCUGGCUUGGCUCUGGAAGGAGAGCACGGCCCUUUACCCCUCCAUCUACCUCGACGUGGUCCUGGCUUCCACCCCCAACAGCCGCAAGUUUGUGCGGGCGCGGGUGAUGGAGGCCAUGCGCAUCUCGCAGCAGCACCAUGAUGGCUACUCCCUGCCUGUCUUCGUCUACACCCGGCCCACCUACAUCCGCAGGCUGGAUGUGCUCAGCCAGCCGGACCUGAUCUCCACCAUUGGAGAGAGUGCAGCGCUGGGUGCAGCUGGGGCCAUCUUCUGGGGCGAUGCAGACUACACCAAAAACCGGGACACAUGCCAGAUCCUGAAGACCUACCUGGAGGAGGACCUGGGCCGCUACAUCGUGAACGUCACGACAGCAGCACAGCUAUGCAGCACAACGCUGUGCCAGGGCCGGGGCCGCUGCCUGCGCCAGGACAGCACCGCCGACGUCUUCCUCCACCUCAACUCCAGCAGCUUCCAGCUGCAGCGCCGGGACAGGGAGCAUCCCCAGCACCCCCUCUUCUGGGCCGAGGGGCAGCUCUCCCCCGCUGACACCCUCUUCCUACGGACCCACUUCCGCUGCCAUUGCUACCAGGGCUGGCAGGGCAGCAGCUGCCAGGUGCCCGCUGGCCCUCACAGUCGUGCCCCUGGCCCCCUGGCACCGCUGGGACUUGGGGUGCUGUUGCUUCUUGCAAGCUGGCGCUAACCCCCUCCCUCCUGGACUAAGCUGGGCUCCCCUUGCACCCUGUUUUUGUGGUGGCUUAAGGGGCCUAUUGAAGACAUCUCUGCCUGGAGGCAGCUUGGUAUGAGGGCUGCCCCUCUGUGUGGGGAGAGCUGAUGGUUGCCCGAGCUCUGCCCAUCCUGCUGCAGGGCAGGUUCCCCCCUGCGGGGAUGGAGGUGGGGGGUAGG